AUGGAUGAAAAAUAUCGAGCUUUUGAUCGAGUGAAAUUAGAAGAAUUACAUCGACUCUAUCGUGAACACUGUGACACAAUGACUGUGAAUAAAAAUUCUUCAACGACAAUGCCAUUCACAACCAACAUCACUCUUGACAAAACUCAUUCGAUAUUGGAGGAACAAGAAGAAGAAGAAGAAGAAAACUCGUAUGAAAAUGAAACCAAUGUGGAUAGAGAAAACGAAAUAAAAGAUGAACAAACAUGGAAAUUAUUGAUUCAAACUUAUCAGAAUCAUGUCAAGCAACUAGAACUACAAAAGAAAACAGAAUCUUAA